UUUUGUUGGUAGAGUGUAACUAGACACUUUACAUCAACAUUAAUGUUAUGUAUGGAACCCCACCUCUUACCCCUGGCAAUCACAUGGCAAUGUCGGCUGAGGUAGGGUAUAGAAAUCCACAGAUGUCUUCACAGAAUACUGGGCCAGGAGCCUCAUCACAAGCUGGUCCAUCUCAGGGGCCCUCCUACCUCAUGUCCCACCUACAAGCACCUGUCCACCCUAUACUACAGCAGAUUGAUGUCAUAAACAACCUAUAUGGUCAGACCUUGCCCAGCACUGUACAAAAAAGUGUACCAAUAUCUGGGCAACAACCAGACCAAGAAGAAAUCAAAGAUGAUGGUGUACAGGAAAGUGUUAGUGCAGAGGUCUUUUCCGUGUACAAGUAUAGAGAAAUUAUUCCUGGCUGUCAACCCCAUCCAGGGGAUAUUGUAGAGGCGGGUCCUCUCGCUUCACUGUUACCACCUGAACCAGUGUAUCCCCUCGCAGACAGUCUGCCUAGAGAGAUGAUCACUACUUGUAAACUUAGUAGUCUUCAGCUUGAAGGAAUCCUGUAUGCCUGCCAAAGACACCAAACUUUGUUACCAAAUGGUCAGCGAGCUGGAUUCUUUAUCGGUGACGCAGCUGGUGUUGGUAAAGGCCGACAGAUUGCAGGCAUAAUCCUGGACAACUACGCCAGAAAAAGGACCAAGCAUAUCUGGUUUACUAUUUCAUCUGAUCUCAUUGUCGACUCUAGGAGGGACUUGACUGAUAUCGGAUGUUAUGUGAAGGUCAUAGAUGGUUGUCAGGAACUUGAUCGAGAAACAAGAGUUCUAGGUUUGCCUGCUGACUUUAAAGAAGGAGUUGUGUUUAGUACCUACGCAACACUUGUAUCUUCUGUCCAUAGAGGAAGUGCAGUCAGUGGCAGCAAGACAAGCAGACUUCAACAGCUGGUUGACUGGUGUGGGGGACCACAGUUCCAGGGAUGUCUCAUAUUUGAUGAAUGUCACAAGGCGAAGAACUUUGUCCCAGGCAAGGAGCAAGCAAGCACUAAGGUAGCGAUGGCGGUUAUGUCUAUACAGAGGAUGUUGCCGAAGGCUCGUGUUGUUUACUGUAGUGCUACUGGGGUCACAGAUGUCAAAAACAUGGCAUUUAUGGAAAGAUUGGGUUUGUGGGGAGAGGGGGCACCUUUCCGAUCAUUUGAGCAGUUUUUGGACCUGGUACAGAAGAAAGGACUAGGUAUGGCUGAGAUACUGGCUAUGGAAAUGAAGACGUCAGGGAUGUAUAUCUCCCGUGGUCUCAGCUACAAACAGGCAGAGUUCAUGACGAUAGAGGCUGCAUUGACAAAGGAACAGAGAAAGACCUAUGACACAGCAGCCCAUGUUUGGAAUGAGUUACGCAAGGCACUUGAGAGCGCAAUGUCCAGAACAGGCUUUUCAGGUGGCCGAAUGUGGGCGCAGUUCUGGGCAUCUCAUCAAAGAUUCUUUAAACAACUCUGCAUGGGUAUGAAGGUACCAACUGUGAUAAAGGAAGCUAAACAAGCACUUGAUACUGGCUACUGUGUAGUGAUUGGUCUACAAACAACUGGUGAGGCCUCGUUAGAAGCAGAGAUAGGAAAGAAUAAAGGGGAGAUUACUGGAUUUGUUUCCUUGUGUCGAGAGAUUUUGUUACGAUUCAUCACACAAUAUUUUCCUACCAUGAUUGAGAGUCAGAAUGAGGAGGAUCGCGUAGCAGACAGUUGGUGUAUUAAAGCCAAGGAGAUGCUUAUAGGCUUUGCCCGCAAAAUCUCACUACCUAACAGUCCAUUAGAUGAGAUGAUCGAUCAGUUUGGUGGCACAGAAGCUGUGGCCGAGAUGACAGGAAGGCGUGGCAGGAUUGUCCGCAAGUCUGUCAAAGACCGGCCUCAUUACGAACUAAGAACCCAGGACAUUGAUAACUAUGGAGGAAUUGAGAGUCUAAACGUAAUGGAGAGGAAUAUGUUCAUGGCAGGGAAGAAAUUAGUCGCCAUCAUUUCAGAUGCAGCAAGCACAGGAAUAUCUCUCCAUGCUGACACCAGAGCAGGGAACCAGAGACGGAGAGUUCACAUAACGGUGGAACUUCCCUGGAGUGCUGACAAGGCUGUACAACAGUUAGGCCGAUCUCAUAGGUCCAACCAGUCAAGUGGUCCACUGUAUAAACUGCUUACCACAGACUUAGGAGGAGAAAGGCGAUUUGCUGCUGCUGUGGCUCGGAGACUUCAGUCCAUGGGUGCAUUGACCAAAGGAGAUCGACGAGCAGCGACUGGAGCUAACCUUGAUGAGUUCAACUUUGACACACCUUAUGGCCGCAAUGCUCUCCGCAUGAUGUACCACAAUAUCUGCCAUAGGACUCUGGUGCCAGGUUUGAAUCUACCAGAUAUAUCCAAAGUUCACAAAACAUUCGAGGAGUUCAAUAUGUCAAUGCAGGAGUGUUUGGUUCUCAUGGGCCUGAUUGAGAUAGAAUCAGUGAGAAUCGGUGCGCCUCCCAAGGACAAAGACAUGGGCGAUGUCUCAAAGUUUCUGAACAGGAUACUGGGACUGAGCGUCUCUAAGCAAAACAUGGUGUUCACCUAUUUUAUUGAGUGUAUGAAGUUGAUGGUACAAAAUGCCAAGAUGGAGGGCAGGUAUAACGAGGGAAUGCUGGACAUCAAAGCCUCAUCAGUAGAGAUUGUCAACAAACCAAGAGAGCUGUUUAAAAACCUCACUAAGGGACAUACAGAUACAAAACUUCUUGAGCUGAAGGUUGACCGAGGUGUCAGCUGGUCAUCAGCAUUGACCAGGCUUGACACUCACAAAGGACCUAGAGAUGGAUUCUAUGCCUCAAAAAGAGAAAUAUUUGGCAGGAAACUCUAUAUCUUGGCUACACAGAAGGAACAUUCCAGUCAUCUGUUUAGAUAUACAAGACCUAAUACAGGACUGUCCCAGGUCGACGAAGAAGAAACUGAUCUCAAUCAUCGCUAUGUAGCAGUGGAUCCCUCUAAAGCAGAGAAGGCAUGGACGGAGCUGUAUGAACAAACUCUGAACCAGUGUAUCCAUGGAAACUCUUGUAAGAAUGGUCGUCGCUGUAAAGUUGGCAAAAGGUGUUACAACAUUCACUUAGUGUGUGGAAGUAUUGUCUCACUAAUGUCUGUACUAGAAGCCACCCUGAACCGGUUUUCCUCCAAACUCAACCUCAGUAAAUCUGAGUCGUCUGUUCGUGUUGUACGUGUACAAUUAGACAGUGGGGAAAGGGUGGUGGGAGUUCGCUACCCUGUCAUCCUUCUGUCUGAAGUAGAGAAAGUCCUCAAGGACCAGUACAUGGUGGAAAAAGUACAGCUCUCUCAGUCUGUAAUGAUGCGAAACCCAGAUGGUAGUGUUGCUACCAGUGGAUGUGAGGCUUCAGGAAGUGGUGCAGAGGAUGAUGGGAAACAGGAAGUGAGAUCAUUGGUUGUGGAGGAAGUUACUGAAGUUAAUGGCAAGUCUCUAGCUCGAGCUCUCAGACCACCUGUUACACUUAAAACUUUCUUCAAAUCUGCUGGCCAGAAGAAGACUGAGAGCAUCAAUGAAAAUAUCCAAAAAAGUGAAUCCAAGCCUUGUGUGUUUAGUUCUCCAUCAGAGACCAGCUUUGAUGCACAAUCAAUUGAGGAGGAAAGUAGCUCCUUAUCGCCUCACUGUGAUAAUAUCACGAAAUCCAGCCAGGAUGCUAAUAAAUUGUCAGAAAGUGAUAACAAACAUGUGUCAUCUGAGUCAAGUUCUGAUUCAGGAACUACAAGGAAAAGUUCAAGUGACCUUGAAAGUUCAGAUAAGGGAAAUAACUCAAAGUCUGACUGUGUAAUUAUCCCAAAGUCAGAACUUGCAGAUGCAAACUGCAGAACUCAAGCUGGCAAUAGUCAUCAAGUCUCAAAACAAGAUUCGAACUCAGGAAAACAAAAUGUUUCUAAGAAACGCAGUGCUGAGAACGAGGCAUCUUCCAGAACAGCCAAACGGCCACGACAAUCAAACAUCAUGUCGAUGUUUGCCAAGGCUACAGCAAAGAAGGAAGCCAAACCUAACAUGAACUGUCCUGUAUGUGGGAAGGAAUUUGAUAAUAAAAUAAGUAAUACUGAAAUCAAUCAGCACAUAGACAACUGUCUCAUAGAAUGAUAGAAAGAGCUCACUGUGGUAACUGGGUGUUAGGGGUCUGUUUGGUACUUAGCAAUAGAAGGACCUGGGUGUUAGGGGUCUGUUUGGUACUUAGCAAUAGAAGGACCUGGGUGUUAAGUGUCUGUUUGGUACUUAGCAAUAGAAGGACCUGGGUGUUAGGGGUCUGUUUGGUACUUAGCAAUAGAAGGACCUGGGUGUUACGUGUCUGUUUGGUACUUAACAAUAGAAGGACCUGGGUGUUAGGGGUCUGUUUGGUACUUAGCAAUAGAAAGACCUGGGUGUUAGGGGUCUGUUUGAUACUUAGCAAUAGAAAGACCUGGGUGUUAGGGGUCUAUUUGAUACUUAGCAAUAGAAAGACCUGGGUGUUAGGGGUCACUGAGUUACAGUGUAAUGAAGGGGCCACAGUGUCAGGGGUCAUGUUAGGAGUCACUGUGUAGUGAAGGGACCUAGAUGUUAGGGGUCACUGAGUUACUGUGUAGUGAAGGGGCCACAGUGUUAGGGGUCGUGUUAGGAGUCACUGUGUAGUGAAGGGACCUAGAUGUUAGGGGACACUGAGAUACUGUAUAGUGAAAUGACCGUAAUGUUGAGGGUCAGUGUUACUAUGUCCUGGGGGAAUCUGGAUAUUAAGAGUCAUUGAGAUACUAUAUAGUGAAAUGACCGUAAUGUUGAGGGUCAGUGUUACUAUGUCGUGGGGGAAUCUGGAUAUUAAGAGUCAUUGAGAUACUAUAUAGUGAAAUGACCGUAAUGUUGAGGGUCAGUGUUACUAUGUCCUGGGGGAAUCUGGAUAUUAAGAGUCAUUGAGAUACUAUAUAGUGAAAUGACCGUAAUGUUGAGGGUCAGUGUUACUAUGUCCUGGGGGAAUCUGGAUAUUAAGAGUCAUUGAGAUACUGUGUAGUGAAGGGACAUGGACAUCACAUCAUUGUCAGUUUUAUGGGGUUUGGUUUUCCAUAAUGUGUCUUCAAUGUUUUAGAAAUAUUCUCUGUUUGUAUAAUUUGCUUUUGAAUUUAUAUAAAACAUUAUACAUCCUGACUCCAACAUACGAUACUGGAUCAGAUAGAUAUGACAGUUUUAAAAUUAAACAAUGAAUUGGCAUUCAUUAAGGUUUUAAAAAGUUAUGAAGUGAACAUUCAUGUGUGUACAUGAUAUGAUGAGGAAUGUUUUGUGUUUUUAAAGAAGAAGUUGUAUAAAGCCUGGUGCAUGCAUUGAUUUUGUUACUUAUCUGAGGAAUGAUGGUGGUUGUUGAACACAUGUUGACAUGUUUUACAUUCCAUUGUUCAAAACUCGGCUCCUCGCUGACUUGUCAAGAUUAAAUCUGCUUGUUAUCACCUGGAUCUUGGUGUUUCAAGUUUCUGUUUUUCUUACUCAAUAAAAAAUCGAAUUGCAUUUAAGUUAUAUUUUUGAAAGAUUAGCUAGACAACUUUUAAUUUCUUAAACUAACCUGCUUGUUCUUAGUGCUUUUGAGUUGAUGGACAGAAUUUAGCAUCCCUUCAUUGAUAAUUUUCUGUUGAAUGAAAAUAUCUUAUUGAUAAUAUUUUGGAAUUGAUAAAUUCUUUCCUAGUUCACCUGACAAACAAUACUUCAGUACAGGCCUAAUGGAGCCAUGUUGUAACAGAGACCUGUAUGAUACAGGCCUUAUGGACCCCUGUUGUAACGAGGACCUGUGUGAUACAGGCCUUAUGGACCCCUGUUCUAACAGGGACAUGUGUGAUACAGGCCUAAUGGACCCCUGUUGUAACAGAGACCUGUAUGAUACAGGCCUUAUGGACCCCUGUUGUAACAGGGAUCUGUGUGAUACAGUCCUAAUGGACCCCUGUUGUAACAGGGACAUGUGUGAUACAGGCCUAAUGGACCCCUGUUGUAACAGAGACCUGUAUGAUACAGGCCUUAUGGACCCCUG